AUGAAGAAAGGAGAAGCUUUGGUGAACGAUCAAGAUGACACUGCAGAGAGCACACCGUCGCCAGGACUUGCUGGGCCCGGCAUUCCGUUCCCUCAAAUGAUACCUUCCACACCUUGCAGUACUAUACAUCCAUUCGACCUCUACUACACCAACUUUCACGUCGCCCACUCUUGGCUACCCCCAAGAAAGAAACUGGAGGAUCUCUGCAAAACGCAACCAGAAAACUUGCGUUUCCUCGUUGCCACAGUUACCUACAUUGGGUCUCUUUACUUGGACAAGGUCGACAACACACAGCUACAACAGAAUGCCUACCAGAUGUCGCAUGGCACCCUCUCCUUAACAAUCUGGUCUGUUCAGGCACUGCUGUGUCUUUCUGUCACAGCGUUCGGGAAACUGCAUUUUAAUGUUGGCCAAAGUAUGUUCAACAAAGCCUGGGCGCUGGCUUCUUGUAUGGGACUUCAGAGCAAGGAGUUCGCAGAGGGAGAAACAGAUCCAGUCCUCGCUGAAUCAUGCCGCCGGACAUAUUGGGGAUUAUAUACCCACGAAAUGCUGCUUGGUUUGCGACAGAAUCAGUAUCAUUCAACCCUCUACCCUCGUGGGCCCAGUUUGGUGGUAGGACUUCCAUGUGAGGAUUGGGACUACCAGGCCGGUAAUAUUCCAGCCCCAAUAACUCUUGAAGAGUACGAUCGCCUCGGCCUCUCUCGCGAGUACUCUUCUUGGGCCUACUUCGUUGAUCUUAUUCGCAUAUACGAUAUUCAUGUGGCCCCGUUUCUUCAUGAUUGUAGCCAGGCAGCCCCGCACAACCUCAAGUAUGCAAGUCAGCGUAUCGAUUCCUGGCGAUUUAGAAUCAACGACUGGAAGAAAUAUCACGUUGGGGAGGAUGGUAUGUUUGAUAUGAUCCUAUAUCAUGCGUUAGUUGUCUCCUUUGGACUCGAGAUCCGGAUGCAGGCCCAUCUCUACGGGUACUGGGAUGAACAUUACGCGGCUUCAUUACUUCACAGUGUUGCUACAGAACACGACGCUCAGUCGCCACUGGCUCUCCAAGCGCCGUUGCGUCUGAUGGCUCUUCUUGGCUCUCAGCUUGUACCAGAGAAGUUCUCCCCUUCAUGCCUACUUGAUUUGGAACAAGCAGUCUCGCCUUUGUGCCAUGCUGUGCUCCACAGUGCAGGGCAGCCAGAUUACAGAUCCAGAGUUUUGUAUCUGGCAGAGUUCCUGAAAAAGUCUGGGGAAUUUUGGCCCAGGUCGAAGGUGUUGUCUGACAUUUUCAUGGAGACACUGGGCAGAGGUGGUCAUGAGCAUGUGUAUAUGGAACCUUCUCAAGCUAUCUCGGCGUUUGGUGAUAGACCUACGUCUACAGCCGAAGGAGAGUCUCUCUGGCCCAGGUCGCCCACAUUAGAGCAUAUGGGUGGUUGGUCUGGGCUGCCAUCAUACUCGCUACAAUGUGAGCCAGAGACGAGAGACGUGGCUUGGGUAGGAAAUCUAACUCAAGCUCCUGGCGAAGAUAUGGCAGCCCCGGAUAUAACCGCCGAAACAGGAAGUUCAGUAACGAAUAUUUACAUGGAAGCAGGGUGUUUUGGUGACAAGCCGACGGGAGGCUUAGUUCCUGUGAAAGUAGAGAAGUGA